AUGUGGUUGUACAGUGCAACCGUAUUGACUGCUUUUACUUAUUUGGUAUGUUCCAGUAAUCUAUUUGAUGCCAAAAAACGACUCAAAAAGAAUGGAAAUCAUACAUCAUCAGUAAAUUAUCGCCGACGUUAUCGUUUAUCAUUAGCUGAUAAAGAAGAGAUACAAAUUCCAAUGAGAAUACCUAAAUUAUCAAGAGCCCAAAAAAUAGCAUUGAUUAUUGAAUCAGGACAAAAUCCAUUUGAAAAGAAGCGAAAACGAAAAGAGAAAGGAAAGAUACGCUUAAGAAAGCUAAGACAUGUGCGACAAUAUCCGAACAAUGCAUUUUUGUUGUUGGAUGAUAACGAUGGUGAUGAAUUGCAAUGGAAUAUUAAUAUGUAUCGUGAAAGUGAUACUGAUAAAAUGCAAAAACAACAACAACAAUCUGGAAGACUCGAGAAUUCUCGAUGGGAAGCAGAUACGGAAUUAGCAACAACUAAGCUAAUCAAAACUGAAUGGGAAAAUAUAAAAAAGUCAUACAAUGGAAGUAAUUAUUGGGAAAGUUCAACAUUAUGGUACUGGGAUACUUCAACAAAUCCAACAUACUGGCAUACCUCAAUGACAUCUAAUUCUUGGCAAACAUCUACCAAACAUCCACUUUGGAGGCAAAAUAUUGAAACAGUAAUAACUACAACUACUGCUACUACUACUACUACAUCACCUAUCACUGAUAGUAUUAAUGUUUUUACAACUACCUCUACACCACCUGUACCAGAUGUAACCGAAGAAGAGUUUAUCUGGGAAAGAUUACAGGUUGCAACACCAGGUACAUCUCCAAAACCAAACCAACCACUUGCUCUACCAGUGAAAAAUUGUCCACAUCGUUUUGAUGCAGUUACACGUGCAUUUAACGGUCGUACAUAUGUAUUUGCUCGUGAUCGUGUAUAUCAGCUGUGGAGAGAUGAUAAUUUACAUCAAAAAGCAUCAUUUCUUAUCAGUGAGAUGUUUCCAAAAGGUCCACGUACCGUUACCGUAGCAUACACUAAUAGUAGAAGUGGUGUAACGGUACUUAUUGAACAUCAAACAGUUUACCGAUAUCGAUGGAAUAGAAAGAAUAAAGUUUUCUAUCUUGCUCGAAAGAGUCCUCAGAUAUUAACAACAAAAAUGCCCGUAUAUCCCCGUGCAGGAUUUCAAUGGGUAGAUGGUAAUCAAGUUCUUGUCGAAGGAGAUAAUUUUGCAACAUACGAUGCAUACUGGAAUGUUGCAACAUUUUCUGGCUUAACAACAAAUUAUUUUCCACAAUUUCCACGCGAUUUAAUUGGAUUAACUUAUCAGAAUGAUACCUUUUUCAUUCUUUAUACAGCAUCCAAUAAAAUACAGAUUUAUGAUACGGGCAAAUAUCGAGUGAUACAAGAAUACCCUAUUCAAAUUAGCGAAUUCGUGGGUUGCUUUAAUGGGUAG